UUCUCAAUUUCAUACUAUAUAUCAAACUACUGAAUUCUUCUCCAAGAUUCAGCUAGGGUUUCUGCUACACUUCUUUCGACGGAGCAAUGGCGUCAAAUGGCUUACGGAGCGACGGGAAACUAGGACUGAGGAAACCGGUUUUCGUCAAGGUUGACGAUCUCAAGCCUUGUACUAACGGCCAUACUCUCAUAGUGAAGAUUACCACUUCCAACAACGUGUUACAGAAAGGCCGAUCCGUCUCUCAGCAUCUCCGGCAGACACGUAUUUCCGAGUGUCUCGUCGGUGACGAAACCGGAACGAUUCUCUUUACUGCUCGUAAUGAUCAGAUUGAGUUGAUGAAGGCUGGUGCGACAGUGAUACUUCGAAAUGCAAGAAUUGAUAUGUUCAAGGGAUCCAUGAGGCUUGCUGUUGAUAAAUGGGGACGAAUUGAACAAGUUACUGAACCUGCAACAUUUUCAAUUAAGGAAGAUAACAAUCUAUCUCUCAUAGAGUUUGAGUUGGUGGAUGUUGUAGAAGAAGAAGAAGAAGAAUGACUGCACUAAUUCUGGUAUGAUAAUUAGGGUUUGCUUAUUAGAAUAAAUGAAGAUUGGGAUGGAUGUUUAGCUCUUUAAUGGUAAUGUCUUGACAUGGAUAUCUAUCUAUCUAUCUAUAUAUAUGAUGAAAAAUCACUUGCUUUAAAUUGCCUUUUUUGAAAUGGGUUUCUAUUUUAUGAUUAGUCAGUGUCACAGAACGUGACUAGAGUUGUGAAGGUAAGUAAGUAGAACCAAAAUGAAAAAGGUUGCCUUUUUCACAUGAGACUCUUGCUAAGGAUUAUACUUUAUUGUUAACUACUUUAUAGUUUAUACAUAUAUGAGUAUAUGACAAACAAACACACCAUCCCACAUCCAUGUAAGAGAGGAGAAGAAGAAGAAGAGACAAUGGAGGAUGAGAAGAUAGAAAAUCAAGAAACAAGCAACGACAACUCUCUGGUAAGGACACCAUCUUGUCAUGUACGAAGAGAAUCAGAAGAUCCGGAGAACGAAUUUGCUCUUAGCACUUUGAUCAGACAAGCUUCACUCACGUCUUCUGAUGUUUUCUUGAAUAACCAUCCCAGAAAUCCUCGGAAAAAGGCGAUGAAGAAGAGUUACAGCGCUCCGAGGGCGGGUCCAGGCGUCAACAACAACCCAGAAAGGAAAAACAUUGAAGUGAAGCAGACAGGAAAUCAAGUUGAGAAAAAACAGACAGGAAAUCUAAGGAAAAGCAUGAGCAAUUUAGAAACACAAGUGCUGGCUUUAAGGAGGCAUGAAUUUGAACAUGGUCAGACCUCUUCUUCUUCAUCUGAAACUCAGUCUCAGGUACCAAAGUGGCCUGAUAAGGCAUCUUCAGCAGAAGACAUGAAAGCCCAGAUCAAGUUCUGGGCAAGAUCUGUAGCCGCUAACGCUAACGGACGUUGAAAAUUGCUGUCUUUUUAACUAUAUAUAUAACUAUAUAAUUAAUUAAAACAUACAGAAAGACCAUUUGCAUAGCAGCAUAGGUUAGAAGUGAUGUUUAUUAAAUAAGUUGAAUAUUGUCAGCAGAGAACAUUAGGUUUAUUAUAUUAUGUUGUAAUGCUGUUAAUUAGUGUAUGCCUUCUUAAUUCGAUUAAAUAAAUAAAAUGGGCUUAAUUUAUUCCCACUA